GGGCUGCACGCCAAGCAAGAUGAGGCGGUUCCUGCGGUCGGGACAUGACCCUGCUCGGGAGAGGCUCAAGCGGGACCUCUUCCAGUUCAACAAGACGGUGGAACAUGGCUUUCCGCACCAGCCCAGCGCCCUCGGCUACAGCCCCUCUCUGCGCAUCCUGGCCAUCGGCACCCGCUCCGGAGCCGUCAAGCUCUACGGUGCCCCGGGGGUGGAGUUCAUGGGGCUGCACAGGGAGAACAACGCCGUGGUGCAGAUCCACUUCCUGCCUGGCCAGUGCCAGCUGGUCACCCUGCUGGACGACAACAGCCUACACCUGUGGAGCCUGAAGGUCAAAGGCGGGGUGUCCGAGCUGCAGGAAGAUGAGAGUUUCACGCUGCGGGGCCCCCCAGGGGCUGCCCCCAGCGCCACACAGAUCACCGUGGUCCUGCCACACUCCUCCUCCAAGACGCUCUACCUGGGCACCGAGAGUGGCAGCGUGUUCGUGGUGCAGGUGCCAGGCUUCCGCACGCUGGAGGACCGGACCAUCAGCUCGGACACCGUGCUGCAGCGGUUGCCCGAGGAGGCCCGCCAGCGGCGGGUGUUUGAGAUGGUGGAGGCCCUGCAGGAGCACCCUCGAGACCCCAACCAGGUCCUCAUCGGCUACAGCCGGGGCCUCAUCGUCAUCUGGGACCUGCGGGGCAGCCGCGUGCUCUGCCAUUUCCUCAGCAGCCAGCAACUGGACAGUGCCUGCUGGCAGCGGGACGGCCGCCUGAUUGUCAGCUGCCAUUCGGAUGGCAGCUAUUGCCAGUGGCCUGUGAAUCCCGAUACCCAGCAACUGGAGCCCUUGCGCAGCUGUGUGCCUUACGGUCCCUUUCCUUGCAAAGCUAUUACCAAAAUCUUCUGGCUGACCACCAAGCAGGGGUUGCCCUUCACCAUCUUCCAGGGUGGCAUGCCUCGGGCCAGCUACGGGGACCGCCACUGCAUCUCCGUGGUGCACAAUGGCCAGCAGACAGCCUUCGACUUCACGUCCCGGGUCAUCGACUUCACUGUGCUCUCCGAGGUGGACCCAGCGGCGGCCUUUGAUGACCCCUACGCCCUGGUGGUGCUGGCCGAGGAGGAGCUGGUGGUGAUGGACCUGCGGGCGGACGGCUGGCCACCGGUGCAGCCCCCCUACCUGGCCUCCCUGCACUGCUCCGCCAUCACCUGCUCCCAUCACGUCUCCAACAUCCCCCUCAAGCUGUGGGAGCGGAUCAUCGCUGCCGGCAGCUGGCAGAACACACACUUCUCCACCAUGGAAUGGCCUAUUGACGGUGGCAUCAGCCUGGCCCCAACCCCACCCCAGAGAGACCUGCUGCUCACGGGGCACGAGGACGGCACCGUGCGGUUCUGGGACGCCUCGGGCGUCUGCUUGCGGCUGCUCUACAAACUUAGCACAGUCCCUGUGUUCCUCACCGACACGGACCCCAGUGAGCACCUCAAUGCCCAGGGUGAGGACGAGUGGCCCCCGCUCCGCAAGGUGGGCUCCUUCGAUCCCUACAGUGACGACCCCCGCCUGGGCAUCCAGAAGAUCUUCCUCUGCAAAUACAGCGGCUACCUGGCGGUGGCAGGCACAGCAGGGCAGGUGCUGGUGCUGGAGCUGAACGACGAGGAGGCAGAGCACGUGGUGGAGCAGGUGGAGGCUGACCUGCUGCAGGACCAGGAGGGCUACCGCUGGAAGGGGCACGAGCGCCUGUGUGCCCGCCCGGGACCUGUGCGCUUCGAGCCCGGCUUCCAGCCCUUCGUGCUGGUGCAGUGCCAGCCCCCGGCUGUGGUCACGUCCUUGGCUCUGCACUCGGAGUGGCGGCUCGUGGCCUUUGGCACCAGCCACGGCUUUGGCCUCUUCGACCACCAGCAGCGGCGGCAGGUCUUUGUCAAGUGCACCCUGCACCCCAGCGACCAGCUAGCCUUAGAGGGCCCCCUGUCCCGCGUGAAGUCCCUAAAGAAGUCCCUGCGUCAGUCCUUCCGCCGGAUGCGUCGCAGUCGGGUGCCCAGCCAGAAGCGGCGGCCAGCGGGGUCCCCGGGAGAGGUGCCGGAGCGGAGCUGCCGGACAGAGCGGCUGGGCCUGCAGAACAUGGAGCUGGCGCCCGUGCAGCGCAAGAUCGAGGCCCGCACAGCGGAGGACUCCUUCACGGGCUUCGUCCGGACCCUCUAUUUCGCUGACACCUACCUGAGGGACAGCUCCCGCCACUGCCCCUCUCUGUGGGCCGGCACCAACGGGGGUACCGUCUACGCCUUUGCCCUGCGUGUGCCCCCAGCGGAGCGGAGAAUGGAUGAGCCCGUGCGGGCGGAGCAGGUCAAGGAGAUCCAGCUGAUGCACCGAGCACCAGUCGUGGGCAUCCUGGUGCUGGACGGACACAGUGUGCCCCUUCCCGAGCCCCUGGAAGUCGCACACGACCUAUCGAAAAGCCCGGACAUGCAGGGAAGCCACCAGCUGCUUGUCGUGUCAGAGGAGCAGUUCAAGGUGUUCACGCUGCCCAAGGUGAGUGCCAAGCUGAAGCUGAAGCUGACUGCCCUGGAGGGCUCGAGGGUGCGGCGGGUCAGCGUGGCCCACUUCAGCAGCUCUCGCGCCGAGGACUACGGGGAGCACCACCUGGCUGUCCUCACCAACCUGGGCGACAUCCAGGUGGUCUCGCUGCCCCUGCUCAAGCCCCAGGUGCGUUACGGCUGCAUCCGCCGGGAGGACGUCAGCGGCAUCGCCUCCUGCGUCUUCACCAAACACGGCCAAGGUUUCUACCUGAUCUCGCCCUCGGAGUUUGAGCGCUUCUCUCUGUCCACCAAGUGGCUGGUGGAGCCCCGGUGUCUGGUGGAUUCUGCAGAAACCAAGAACCACAGUCGUCCCCGCAAUGGAUCAGGCCCUGAGAAGGCCUUGGGCCGAGCCAGGAACUCAGGGAGCCAGAGUGAUGGAGAGGAGAAGAGGCCGGGCCCCGUGAUGGAGCAUGCUCUGCUCAAUGAUGAGAGGGUCCUGAAGGAGAUCCAGAGCACACUGGAGGGAGACCGGGGGAGCUAUGGCGACUGGCGUUCCCAGCAAGUGGCCAUGAGGUACAGCCCCAGCAAUGGGGGAGCCAAGUGAGCAGGCCGGGUGUCCAGGCUGUGCGGUGAACACUACUGAGGGCUCUUCCUCCGGGCACUGGCCCGCCUGGAGGGCCACGCACCGGGCCGGGUUACAGGCUGGGGCCCCCUCAGCUUCCACUCUGCUGCUGCUCCUGGCCUCGGGAGAGGAGGGACCCGGCCCCGGGGCUGUCCCUCCCCGGGCCUUGUCUGUCUCGGUCCUUUUGUCAAUGUUGCACAGUUUUUAUCAUCCCCCCCUGCUUUUUGUAGUGGGUUGGGUUUUAAAUUAUAAAUUUUAACUGCCUAUGGGUGAAAAAGUUUUUAAUAAACACCUUAUUACCUCUUCA